AUGAAGCCGGGCCCGGCGGGGCUGGGGCUGGCCCGGGAGCUGGAGCCCCCCGCGCCGGUGGCCGAGGCGCGCUGGCGGGACAAGGGCGAGGCGGACACGGAGCGGCAGCGCACCCGGGAGCGCCAGGAGGCCACGCUGGCCGGGCUGGCCGAGCUCGAGUACCUGCGGCAGCGCCAGGAGCUGCUGGUGCGGGGCGCCCUGCGCGGGGCCGGGGUGCCGGGGGCCGCGGUGCGGGGCGCGGUGGAGCUGCUGCCCGGAGGAGACCCGGGGCCGCGCGGCCGGUUGGAGGAGAAGUUCCUGGAGGAGAACAUCCUGCUGCUGCGGAAGCAAUUGAAUUGUCUGCGGAGAAGAGAUGCUGGCUUGUUGAAUCAGUUGCAAGAACUUGACAAACAGAUAAGUGACCUGAGACUGGAUGUGGAAAAGACCUCUGAAGAGCACCUGGAGACUGAUAGCCGGCCUAGCUCAGGUUUUUAUGAGUUGAGCGAUGGGGCUUCAGGAUCCCUUUCAAAUUCCUCCAACUCGGUCUUCAGUGAAUGUUUAUCCAGUUGUCAUUCCAGUACCUGCUUUUGCAGCCCUUUGGAAGCAAACUUGUCUAUUACAGAUGGUUGCCCUAAAUCUUCAGAUUUCAUAGACAUGUUGGCGUAUAAGGCAGGCCACUGUGCAGACCAGGCCUCAGGGUCAAUGUGUCGUUCCCCCUCUGCGCCCCAAUUUAAUUGCCUCGAUGUCAUUGCAGACGUGAACCCCAAGUACCAGUGCGACCUGGUGUCUAAAAACGGGAACGACGUGUACCGCUACCCCAGCCCGCUUCACGCGGUGGCCGUGCAGAGCCCCAUGUUUCUCCUCUGCCUGUCGGGCAACACCCUGAGGGAGGAAGAGAAGCUCGACAGCCACGCGGGCGACCUCUGCUUGGGCUCUGCGCUGGACACCGUCAAGACAGACAGCUCCUUACCCUCCCCGAGCGCCUUGUGGUCCCACCCGUCCUCCGCCAAGAAGAUGGACGGCUACAUUCUGAGCCUGGUGCAGAAGAAGACACACCCGGUCAGGACCAACAAACCCCGGACCAGCGUCAACGCGGACCCCAGCAAAGGCCUCCUGCGCCACGGGAGCGUGUGUGUCCGGGUGGCCGGGGCCCUGCCACAGGGCAAUCAUGGAAACCCCAAGAACUGCAAGCAGGUGGGGCCCGCUGGUGGGAUCCCGGCUCUGGACCCGGGCCCCUUCGCCACCCUGCGACCGUGGGCCAAAGACCCGAAACCCGGACUCCCGGAGGCUCACAAGAGGCUGCCCGGCCUGGAAGGGCCCUGCGCCAUCCAUGUCACUGUCGCCGCCACGGACCUGCCGAGCAAGCAUCUGCCCAGGAGCGUCAAGCCCCUCUCCCAGGACCAGGGGCGAUGUCCUCCCUCCGUGCCAGGGGAGUCCCCUCACGAGAGCGCCCAGGCCUCAGGGGCCGCCUCCUUCUGCAAGGACGGCCCGGGGCGAGGCCCCGUCCUGGACAGCAAAGCGGGGGUGCAGCCGCCCAGGAAGUCGCCUCCCAGAGCUUCUCCUGCCGCGGGGCCCCCGUCCGUGCUGCUGUCCCCUCCGACCGUGCCGGUGGAAGAGCGGCCGGGCCUGGACUUCAGAAGCGAGGGCUCCUCGUCGCAGAGCCUGGAAGAGGGGGCCCCGGCGAAGGCCCAGUUCGUGCCGGGGCUGCCCCACCGAGGGGGCGGCGGCGGCAGCGGCAGCGGCAGCCACAGCAGCACCGGCCGGCCUGCCGCCGCCAGGCCGCGCGCCCCUCCGGGCCUGCCGCCCGGCCACCCCGACAGCCCCAAGUCGCCGCUGCUGCCCCCGGUGCGCGAGAAGGGCCGCGCGGGGCCGGGCAAGAAGUGCCGCUUCCCGGACGACCAGGCGGACUCGACCCGGCGACCUCGGCGCGGGGCCUCCAAGGGCCGCCGGGGCCAGGCCGAGGCGCCGUUCCCCGGCCGGCCGCUCGGGGCGCACCCCCGCGCCGGGGCUCGCGCGCACGGCCACGGCCACGGCCAAGGCCAAGGCCACGGCCACGGCCACGCGCGCGAGCCGGUGGUGCUGGUGGCCAAGCCCAAGCACAAGCGGCCCGAGGCGGCCGAGUCCUCGGAGGCGCUGCGCCGGGCGCGGCGGGGCCGCAGGGAGCCCCCCGCGGGGCUGUACCCCGUGGCCGCCGCCGCCGCGGCCCCCGCCCGGCCCUUCGCCGGCCCCUACGCGCCGCCCCGCGCCCGGCCCCGCGCCCACGCCCGCGCCCGCGCCCGCGCGCCCCGCCGCAGCGACUCCGAGUACUCGGCCGAGUGCGAGUCGCUCUUCCACUCGACCGUGCUGGACACGAGCGACGACGCGCGCAGCGACUUCACGGCCAACCGCUUCGGCGACAGCGAGUCCAGCGCCAGCGACGCCGCCGGCGCCGACGCCCACGGGCUCGCCCACGGCCGCGGCGGCUCCUCGGGCGGCGACAGCAGCAGCGACAGCGACUCGGCCGACGACGACGACGACGACGACGACGACCGCGAGGGCCCCGCGGGGCUCGGCUGGGCGCGCUUCGUGCGGGGCGCCGCGGGCCCCGAGCAGCUGCCCCGCCACGGCCACGGCCACGGCCACGGCCGCCCCGCGCCCCCCGGCGCCCCGGCCCCCAAGGCCGCCGCCCGGGCCGUGGUCAAGAUCAAGGCGUCGCACACGCUCAAGAGGAAGAUCCUGCGCUUCCGCUCCGGCUCGCUCAAGCUCAUGACCACCGUCUGA